CGGCGAAAAGUGGAAACUAUUCAGCAAAAAGAACGGACUUUUUGUCUCACCCUAACUUAUACGUAUGCGUCUAGUUUAGGAGGGUCUUCGAAAAAGAACAAACCUCUUUCUACAUCAAUUACGGUACGUAACAAGAUUGAAGGCAGUCAGAUACUACUUUUUGAGUUCCGGUCAGUCAUAGUCAAUUGAUCGCGUAAUAUUUCAUCACUGAUCGAGUAGGCAGGGGAAUCGUUUCUUUCGUGUUAAAUCGUGUACCGCAAUCGUCGAAACAUGACUAAAUUGAGAAAGCCCAUGGAGAACGGUGACGCCCGUAGUGCUCAUGGACAAGCCUACAAGGACAAAAGCAAACCUACCGACAUCCGCAGUAGCAACAUUAAUGCUGCUAAAGCUGUUAGCGAUGCGAUACGUACUAGUCUUGGACCUAGAGGAAUGGAUAAAAUGAUUCAAGCUAGUAAUGGAGAAGUUACUAUCACAAAUGAUGGUGCAACCAUUCUAAAAGAAAUGAACGUGAUACAUCCUGCUGCAAAAAUGCUUGUUGAAUUAUCCAAGGCACAAGAUAUAGAGGCUGGUGAUGGUACCACAAGUGUUGUUGUGAUAGCUGGUGCCCUUUUGGAACAAGUAGAACGUUUAUUACAAAAAGGAAUUCAUCCAUCUUUGAUCAGUGAUGCAUUUAGAAAAGCAGAUGUUAAAGCAGUUUCAAUUCUGAAACUUAUGUCUAUACCUGUGGAUUUAACAGAUAAGGAAUCUCUUGUGAAAGUUGCAGCAACAUCACUCAAUUCUAAAGUUGUACAUCAACAAUCCAGUCUUCUUGCACCACUUGCUGUGGAUGCAGUUUUGAAAGUUACUGAAGAAGGAAAAGAAAGUUCGGUUGAUUUACAUGAUAUUAAAGUAAUAAAAAAAAUAGGAGGUACUGUUGAGGAUACUGAAUUAGUAGAAGGGUUAAUAUUUACUCAAAAAUCCUGCAAUAUCAAUGGUCCAAAACGUAUUGAGAAAGCUAAAAUCGGAUUAAUACAGUUUUGCAUUUCGCCACCCAAGACUGAUAUGGAUCAUAAUGUAAUUGUGUCUGACUACUCGGCAAUGGAUCGUGUCUUGAAGGAAGAACGCACUUACAUACUGAACAUUGUGAAGCAAAUUAAGAAAACUGGUUGCAAUGUCCUUCUUGUGCAGAAGUCCAUUUUGCGCGAUGCUGUUAGUGAUCUUGCGAUACAUUUCUUAGACAAAAUCAAAGUCAUGGUUAUCAAAGAUAUCGAACGCGAAGACAUUCCUUUUGUGUGCAAGACGUUAGGUUGCAGGCCAAUCGCAUCGCUGGAUCAUUUUGUGCCUGAAAAUCUUGUUAACGCUGAACUUUGCGAAGAGGUUCAAACAGGCAAUUCGAAAUUUGUUAAGGUCACAGGAAUUCAAAAUCAUGGGAAAACUGUGACUGUUCUCGUACGUGGUAGCAACAAAUUAGUUUUGGAGGAAGCUGAGAGAUCACUGCAUGAUGCAUUGUGCGUCAUUCGAUGUUUGGUGAAGCAGAGAGCACUGAUCGCUGGUGGUGGGGCACCAGAAAUUGAAUUGGCAUUAAAACUGGGAGAGUAUGCAGUUACUUUAGGUGGUGUUGAUGCAUACUGUGUCAAGGCAUUCGCAAAUGCUCUUGAAGUAAUUCCGUCAACAUUAGCUGAAAAUGCAGGGUUGAAUCCUAUAGCCACGGUAACCGAACUUCGUAAUCGACAUGCACAAGGUGAAGUAACAGCGGGCAUUAACGUCCGAAAAGGCGCUAUUACUAACAUAUUGGAGGAGAACGUGAUUCAACCAUUGCUAGUUUCUAUCAGUUCAAUAACACUCGCUUCUGAAACCGUAUGCAGUAUAUUGAAGAUUGACGACAUUGUCAAUACGAAUCAAUAAAUUUCGCGGCACAAUGUAAAA